UCCCUUCCAACUGAAAUGACUAUGUCAUUCUUUGACCUUUGUGAUGUAGACAAAGAGAAAAGCAGUCAGGUACUCCAGCAGUGCAGGGAGAUCGCUGGGCUCAUUGGAAGACUGGAGACCAGGAAAGGGGUUGGUGCUUACAAGACAUUGGUAGAUUCACCAUCUCACCUAUCGAUGGCAUUUGCAACUUCUAAAAACAUGAAUAGCCCCAAGCUACAAAUCAAGAUGAGCACGUGGACACCACUGAACAACCCACUCAUGAAUGAGCAGGUAUUUGAAGAAAGAAGAGCCCUGUUCAGAAAAUGGUUUAUCAAGUGGACAGAUGGUCAGAGACAGAAGAUCUUGGUGGAUCAGUUGGAGCUCUGCUCCCUGUCCCUGCAGAAAUUCUGUGCCAAGCAGCUUCAGGAUCGAAUUCCCAUCGAAGCUCUAGAUUUUACCAUGAAGCUUCCUAGAGUGCUGUCCUUAUACAUCUUCUCCUUCCUGGACCCACGGAGCCUCUGUCGAUGUGCACAGGUGAGCUGGCACUGGAAAAACCUGUCUGAACUGGAUCAGCUCUGGAUGAAGAAAUGCUUGCGUUUUGGUUGGUACAUCAACUUCAUUCCAACCCCCUUUGAGCAAGGAAUCUGGAAGAGACAUUACAUUGAAAUGGUGAAAGAGCUGCAUGUUACAAGACCAAAGACUGCUUCGAAGGAUGAGUCCGUAGUUACUGAAGUACAAAAGGUGAGAAGCAACACUCCAGAAGCAAAACCUUCUGCACCAGAAAAGAAGACUAGAAAGAAGAAAAAAGAAAUUCCACCAUGGCGUUCACCAGACAAGUGCCCUAAAGACACCAUGCGAUUCAACUGCCUCAACAACUACGAUCCCAUUGAACAGGCUAGGCAGGCGAGAAAGAAAGGAGGAGGGGAGACUCCGGACCUUAGCCGGCAGGCAGCUGAGAAAAAAAAGAAAGCAGGUUGUGGAUCUAAGAAACUCCAGAAAUCAACAUCACUGCUGUCACUUACUGAAGAUCUUGGGUCAACUCAAAAACGACCAUCUCGCCCCAGCUGGGCCACUUCCCAGCCAAUUGGGAACUUACCUUACAGAGAAGCAGCAAAGAACCUCGCCCAGAGCUCCCAGUUCAAUGCUGGGAUACGACCAGCACCUGUUCGAGCUCCAGUGCCAAAACCACGUGCAAGAGAAAAGAAAGACUUCACAGAGAUGACCACCAUGUCUCCAUGCUCUCCACAAUGUGAGGCUCAGCCUGGGCUCAUUCCUCCCUCAAAUAAUGAUCUGGUACAGGCUAAGGAAGGAUCUGAAGCAUCUGUCUCAAUGGAACAGAAGCUUACCUGCCUGGAUGGGGGAGACAACAUCAGUGUUGCCUGAGUUAUAGACUUUCAUUACCUCACUAUACCACGCAAAUAAAUAGGCAUGCAGGUCCUACA